GCUGCCCCCUUCUUCUGGCCGUGGUCAGCCUCCGGGCAUGUCCCAGGAGAUGGGACACUGAAAAAGUCCAAGAGUGUGAGCCUGAGGGGCUUUGCAUUCUCCUCCUUGCUCUCCAGCAUCAUAAACUUGUUCCCGCGGGAUCCAGCCUUAUUUGAAAUGUCAAUGGACACUGUGCUAUGGGGUCCAAGUCAGGCCGUGGCAGGAUGCUCUGAGGCCAAGGCUCGGGAGCCCCACACCCCACCCUAGCCACUGUGGGCACCAUGGCAAGUGCUGGGCUGUGCCUUGACCCCCAGCCCCAAGCGCCCCUGCCUGGUCUGCUUGGAUGCUGCUCUAGAUACAGCCUGGGGGGCUGGAGUGCAAGUUCAGGGCACCCGCAGAGGCCAUGUCGGGUGAGGUCCAGCCUCCUGGCUCAUAGACCCUGUCUCCUCUGUGUCUGCACGUGGUGGGAGGGUGAGGGAGCUCUCUGGGGCCUCUUAUAAGGGCACGGAUCUCAUCCCAGGGCCCCAGCCUCGUGUCCUAGUCACCCCCAACAACACAGCUCCUGAUGCCAUCUUUUGGGGGUUAGAUUUCAACAGGCUGAAAUUUCAGCUUCUGCAUCUUAGCACAUGGCCCUGUCCCUUCCCACAGAAGAGGCCGCCAGGCCUUGGGGAAUAGCUAGUCUGAAGCCACCACCCUGUGGAUGUGGCGGAGCUGCUGACCCUGGAGCACCUGCUGGUGGCCGCCUUGCGUGGCUGGCUUUGGGGCGGCAUUUCUAAACUCUUCCACGGAACACUAGUGUCUAACAGACGAUGACCAUCAUAACUGCCUCCCCAACAAAAUUCUGUGGUCAAGUAGAGUCGGGACAGACAGCAAGCUCACCACCCUCAGGAAGCUUCACAAUGCUCAUGAACAGCAGGACGGUCUGUCCCAAGGAGACCCAUUUAAUCUCAUUCAUUUCCCACACUUAGUAGAUCCUAAAAUCCCAAUUUUUAAAUUUUUUGUUUGGUAAAAUGAUUAGCAUGUUAGCCAUAGGAAAUGCAGGUCAGACUACAGCAAGAUGCCAGUUCACACCCUGGCAGGACAGCAGCUGCAGAGCGGUGAAAGCCGGUGGGAUGCGAAUCGUGCAGAAGCACCCUCACUCCGGGGACGCCAAGGACGAGAAGGACAAGGAUGAGCAGGAGUGGGAGAGCCCCAGCCCUCCGAAGCCCACGGUGUUCAUCUCCGGCGUCAUCGCCCGGGGCGACAAGGACUUCCCGCCGGCGGCCGCCCAGGUGGCCCACCAGAAGCCCCACGCCUCCAUGGACAAGCACCCCGCCCCCAGGACCCAGCACAUCCAGCAGCCUCGCAAGUGAUGGGGGCGGCCCCGCCGGCACAGCUAGUUCCCGACCAGGACUGGC